GCGGGUUGUGAGGGGAGGGCGAGCAAGGGGCAGAGGCCGCUGGAAAAGAAGCGGAAAGUGAGGGAUUCCGUGAAGUAGGCCGGUUACACUGUCCGAAAAGCGGGCCGGCAUGGAGCGCAGGGUGUUCGGCUCGUUCUCUGGUCACCUAUCACGGGAAGAGAGCAGCCGCCCACGGGCCGGAGUCGGACGUGACUUCCAGGACUUCCCUUUUUUGCCUGGACAUACCCAGCUGAGCGAGAGGGUCUGUAAGCGUUUAUACUAUGGCUGGGAGGAUGAUUGCUCCAUGGAGAACUUAUCUAGCCCAGUGACUGAUAUUGCAGUGGAAUUACUUCAGAAGGCUGCCCCAAGUCCCAUUCGCCGCUUGCAGAAAAAAUAUGCUGCACACGUGUCCAGGGAAGCCUGCAUUUCUCCUUGUUCCAUGAUGCUGGCCUUGAUUUAUAUUGAAAGGAUUCGCAAACGAAACCCUGAAUACCUGCAGCAAAUCUCCUCAUCUGAUCUAUUUCUCAUAUCCAUGAUGGUUGCCAGCAAGUACCUGUACGAUGAAGGUGAGGAAGAAGAGGUGUUUAAUGACGAGUGGGGAGCAGCUGGAAGACUAGAUGUGCAGUUCGUCAACUCCUUGGAGAUGAACUUCCUUCAGGCUAUUGACUGGAGUCUGUAUACACACCCCAGGGAAUUUUUUGAAGUGCUCAAAUGGCUGGAAGGAAGGGUGGCAGAGAAACAGGGUAUGAAGAGGGGCUGGUUUACUUACACAGACUUUUGUGUUCUGCUCGAGCAAGGAUUGUGGCAGAAAGUGUUUGGUGAUUUCUGCCAGCAAGUAACAAAGCUUGCUUGUAUCUUGGGCCUAAUGUACCUUACUGGUGUUGCUACCUUGUUUGCUUCCAUCGCUGUGUUCCACAAGGCCACAUGGGAAAUCAACGGUACAGAACUAUCUAUUUCCGAUCAAAGUUCAGGUGAACAAACCCAGCUUCCACUGCUCAUUCCAGUUCCUGUAUCAUCCGAAGAAAUAAUCCUACCUACUGAGUUAGUUUCAGCAUGGUCUGUGGAAGAGGAGUCACUGGAGAAGAGAUCUGGUGUAACAGCCACUGCCUUGUACCUGUGGGGUUCUGUUCUAACAGCACUCACUUAUAGCGAUACAGGAGGUGUUAAUAAUGAGGAAUCCCCACCCCCAGACCGGAUUUGUCCUUUCUGUUCUAAUCCUCGGGUAUCCACUUCCCAUCACACCAGUAACCAGCAAAAUCACACUCGCUGUCAUUCUAAUUAUCCAACUCUUGGUGCCUUACCUGGACUCUUUCAUUAUGGCUUUCCACGUGCAUUGUUCUGUCGGAGCUACCCAACCUCACACUCCAGGGAAAACCAGGAACCAUUCGUAUCACACAGUCCUUUUCCUGAGACUGAAUUGGCACAUCCCAAACAGAACCAGUACUCUUUCUGCGCCACUGAAUUCUCAAGGUUUAAAUCUUUCAUAGUCCCCGGCUAGCAAAAAGGGGGCUCACAAGGACAUCCAGACAGAAAUGACACACACACCCAGCCAAUUAUUUUCAAGUGAAAAAUAUCUUCUAUACAAACGGCAUUUCUUAUAUUCUUAUUAUUCAAUAUGGUGAUGCUUUUUAGGAGGUUGUAAAAAACACAUUUGCUGUAACCUUCACUUAACUGAAUCCAUUAGCAGGCAAGUAAUUUUUUUUUCUUUUAAGGGUACUUUUCCAUUAGCAGGGACUAUUGUGUAUCUUCUGUUAUGAUAUUUGUCGAAAAAACUGUUCCACCUGAUAUAUAACAUCACACAUAUAUAUCAUUUAUUGUUGAUCUGCUCCCAAUAAUACCAAUCCCACCCUUGCCCUUAUACACUGAGAAUCAGCACCAAAUCGACUGUAGUUUCGCACUUGCACCCAACCCUUAACAAAUCUGGAUAAUGAAGUACCCCAAAAUACACACAGAAUAGUAUGUUUGGCACUUACACUGAGUGGUAAAUUCACAGGCAGACAGACUAAGGAAUGUUGUGGUCCCAUUUCUAGAGGGGAUUUAGGGAGUUUUUUUUAUGUAAAGAUACUGCAGGAAAGAAUUCUAUAUUUUCUUAUACACAACGAAUAUAAAAUGAAUACUGCAGCCUUACUUGCAGCACAAAGAAAAUAAUUUGUAAACCAGUUAGAUGUUUUUUUUCUGACUUUAGUUGAUGUUUUAGGGUAAUGGCCCUUAAUGUUGGUGGCAGUUUCUUGGCACUGAUUGCUCCUUGGUAUGUUGUUUUUAUGGGAACCAGCACAAAUUGAUGACGCAAUGUGAUUAACACAUUGCAGCCACGUCUUUUAUCCUUAAAGGAGGCAUUGUUUUUAAAAAGUGAAAUUAGGGAUGUGUUGAAUACAUAAUUUUUAGGUUUGGUGCAUUUUUUUGGUCUAAUACUAAAUAUUAGGUAAAUAUUUUUUUUUUUUACAUCUAAAAUUACUCGAAAUGGUGUCCUGAACAACACACUUUUCUCCUUGCUUUUUAUUCUCAUUUAGUUCCUAAAUCACAAGCUGAAAAUUGAUUGCAGCUAUUUCCUUGUCCCUGUGAAUGUGAAGAUGGUGGAAGAGCUGCCUGCUGCUCAUGCCUGGGUGAUUUCCUCUGGAGCAGAUGCAGCGAGCACAUCAGUAGACACCUCUUUGACCGUCUUUACAGUCAGAACGAUGAGAUUUAUGCUCGACUAGAAAAUAGCUAGUUUUCAGCUUCUGAUUUAGAAACAAAAUAAGACUGAAUGCAGGGUGAAAGUUAGGUUAUUCUGGGGGCUCAUUUUAAAAUAAAAACGUUUAUCUGUUAAGUUCAAAAGUAAACAAAAAAGGAUUUAUAGGCCAGUAGUUACUAUAUCAAUACUUUCUAAAACUUUGUCCCGUCUGAAAAAGCUCCCAUACAUGUUCUGGUUUCGUCUAGCCACUGCCUGGACAUGUAUGGCCUUCAGAGCACCUUCUAUAAGUAUUUUCUGGUCUACUGUAAUGGUGCAUGCUGUCUAUUUGUAUGUAUUCUGCAAGAACCAGCUCUUUUCCUGUCCGGGGGGCUCUUGAUUACUUCUCUCACCUUAAACCGGUAGACAUAUAAGCAGUACAUAUUCUCACUCUUUUAUUAUCUACUUGGUAGUCCUGUCAUGAAGAUCUAUAGCUUCGAUUUCCUUCACUAACUAAAGCUGGCCAUGUCUGGUCGACUAUUAUCACUGGCUCUAAAAUAUGCAAGAUGUGUGGUAAGUUUGAAAAUCCAAAUGGAUAUGGACUGUGUUGCCCAGUUGAUGCAGUUCUCUCCCAACAGGUCUCCGUAGGCAUUUCUUAGGUUUUGAUUAUUUAGCCCCUCAUCACAGGUCUCCAUGGUAAGCUGCUGGACUGGCACUGAAAUCCUGUCCGUUACAUUUUGUCCUGUGCAUAAUAAAUCUUGGGCACGGCCCCAUCUAUUACAAGACUGCGUGUGUGGAUCUGUUUACAGGGAUGCCCUUAUUAUUCUAGUACAUUUAUUCAUUUGCAGUGUCAUGUAAUUAUCUUUAGGAUUGUGUGAUAUGUACAGGUAUGACUAUAAAAUACCUGUUUGCUCUUAGAAACCUUGUAUAAGCAACCUUUGGCACUUCAGGGCUUGCAGUUGUACAAGAGCUGGAGUGUUGAGGUGCAGACUUAUGUUACAGCACUUUAACUAAAAGUACACUUAGUUUAACCCUUUGGGUUUAGAGAUGCAAAAGUGCAGAGACCCUUUAUUCCCAAAGGGGUAAAUAACCACUUGUUUUAUGCUUCAUGUUUGUAAUAGCAGAGUUGUUACUAUUUUGUAGGAAACCAAUAAACUUCCUGUGCUGCAAUAAAAUGAGUAUUUGUUGACUGCAA